AUGGCGCUGCGCAAGGUGCGCAGCAACCUUGACAGGUUGUUCGAUAAAAGCCUCACAGACCUUAUACGUGGUAUCCGCAACAACAAGGAAAAUGAGGCUCGAUAUAUUGCGUCAUGCAUCGAGGAGAUUAAAAUGGAGCUCCGCCAAGACUCCACAUACAUCAAAGCGAACGCUAUCGAAAAGCUCGCUUACUUGCAAAUGUUAGGAUACGAUAUUUCCUGGGCCGCAUUCAAUAUUAUUGAGGUGAUGGCAUCCACGAAAUAUACAGAAAAACGGAUAGGUUAUCUUGCCGCCGCUCAGUGUUUUCAUGAUACGACGGAGGUGUUAAUGUUAACAACAAAUUUGAUUCGCAAAGAUCUUAAUAGUUCCAAUAUGUACGAUUCGGGUGUCGCUCUUGGUGGUUUGUCCUGUUUCGUAACUCCGGACCUAGCGAGAGAUCUUGCCAGUGAUAUUGUUAAUCUCCUCUCGUCGUCACGCCCAUAUACUCGAAAACGAGCCGUUCUCUUGUUGUACAAAAUAUUUUUGAAAUAUCCGGAGGCGCUAAGGCCGACUUUCCAACGCCUGAAAGACAAACUUGAAGAUCCUGAUCCUGGCGUUCAAAGUGCUGCAGUCAACGUCAUUUGUGAAUUGGCCCGGAAAAAUCCGAAAAAUUAUCUAACGCUGGCGCCCGUAUUUUUCAAACUGAUGACGACGUCUAGCAACAAUUGGAUGUUGAUAAAAAUCAUUAAAGCUGGUUGGUUUCUAUUGCAACCUUUGUUUGACUUUUACUUAUUAGCUUUACUUGCUGUUACGUUGAAACUGAUCUUUUUUUUGACAGCUCAAGGCACUUGUUAG